GUCUACAGUCAUUUGCCCGGUCGUGCGAAGGGGACAAGUGGAAUGCCCUGAAGAAACUCGCGCCACUUGUCGACUUAGUCAGCUAUGAAGUGCGCAUUACACUAUGAGAAGCGGAAAUCUUCCGCCUAGAGAGCGGCCACGGUCGUCGGUGCCCCAGCGGGCAUCGCGUAGAUUGGAAGAUUUCGAUGGAGAUGAACAUCCACUUGGGGCGACUGCAAGCGGCUCCGGCGGCGUGGGUCGGAGGCUUGAGGGCGGGCCACAACCUGUGGCUAGCUCGGUCAUAGCAGACAACGUGUCCUAUGCAAUCAGGGCCCGACUGGCGUUCUCGCCGUACCUGGCCGGUGCCGCCCUGGAGGCCGCCCUUUCGUACGGCGAGCCCCCCGGCCACCCGCUGCCGGAGCCGCUGUCCUCCGCGCGCUCGCUGCUGCAGCGCACCGUGCUUCAACGGCUGCGGGAGCUGCAGCUGCUGACGGAGUGGCCGCUGUGCCGGCCGCGCCGCACGCCCGCGCAGAUGGAGCGGCUGCUGGCGGGAGGGGCACGGGCUUCCGAGCUGGUGGGGGUGCGCAGCGGCCCGCCCAUGGACCUGCCCAGACUGCCCAGCGCGCUGCAGGGCCUGUGCCUGCUGGGCCCCACCGACCUGGCCCUGGCGCUGGCGCAGCCCCACGCCCCGGAGCCGGGCCGGGCAGGCGGGCAGCGGCCCGGCACCGCCAGCGGCAGCGGCGACAACACAAACCGGGAGUGGAUGGCUCUCAGUGCCACCGGCCGCGGCCACGGCGCCGCCGCCGCGCCGCCGCCGCCGCGCGGCACCAGCGCCGCCGGCACCAGCGGGCCUCUGGCGGCGCUGGUGGCGGCGCUGCCUCGCAGCCUGGGGGUGCUGCCGGGGCUGCCGGCCCUGGCGUCUGGCGGGGCAGCAGCAGGAGCGGCUGGAGGGACGGGAGGCGGAGGGACGGGAGGCGGCCCGCAGUGGGGCUGGUCGGCGCCGAGUCUGGCGGCUCUGCGGGAGUUCUUUCGCGACCUGCACCCACACCAGCGCCACGUCGGAGUGGACGACUUGGCCCUGCCCUGGUUCCGGGAGGUCAAGCUGUGCGCGGCGCGGGCGGUAGUGGCGGAGGGCAGCGCGCGUGCGGCCGCCGCCUUCGCCGUGUUUGGGGUCCCCAACGGCGCCCGCGCGGCGGUGUGGGAGACGGCGCUGGGGCUGCGGCGGCCCGGCGGCACCGCGGCGGGCGCUGGUGGCGGCGGCUGCCCGGCGGCGGGGGAAGCAGCAGCAGCGACCGCGUCCGCACCCAUGGACCCAGAGGACGAUGCUCUGUUCGAGCGGCUGUGCACCCAGGUGCUGGAACAGCCCCUGCUGUGUGACCUGUGUGUGGCCGAGGACGCCGGUCCGGCGGUGGGCGACAGCAGCGCCUUUUUCCUGUUCGAGGAGGCGGUCAGGGCCAUGGUCCUGGCGCUGCUGCGUGAUGCGGCCGUGGCGCCCCGGCUGGCCGCCCCGCCCCUGGCCCCCCUGCAGGCCACCAGCGCCGUACAGGCUGCACUGGCGCCGCCCACAGCCCUCACAGUGGCAGUAGCAGCGGCAGCAGCAGCCGGGACGGCAGGAGGCAGCGGCAGUAGCACCGGCAGUAGCGGGCUGCCGCUGUGGCCGCCGUCCGGGGUGCUGCCGUACCGGGGGCUGUGCCUGCUGGCGGCGCCGCUGUGUUACUUGUACGACAGACCGGCGGCGUCGUACAGGCUGUUGCGGGCGCUGUACUGCAGGCACUGGUGCAGGCUCCACUCGCUCAGUGCCGCGGGCCCGCCCUCGCCAGCUCUGCCGGGGCUGCUGCGUGUGUUCGAGGCGGCCAUGCAGGAGCUGGACGCGCCGCUGGUGUCCCACCUGAGCCGUCUGGGGCUGCUGCCGGCGGCGCUGGUGCUGCCAUGGAUCAGCACCGCCUUCGCAGGCGCCCUGCCGGUGCAGGAGGUGCUGCUGCUGUGGGACCGGGUGUUGGGGCUAGACUCGCUGCUGCCGCUGCCGCUGCUGGCAGCAGCCAUACUGUGCUUCAGGCGCCACGUGCUGCUGUGCUGCGGCACCGCCUCAGAGGUGGUGGCGGCGCUGUCGGACGUGAGCCAGCUGCGGGCGGUGCCGCUGAUGCAGGCGGUGCUGUUCCCGGCGGGGCCAGCGGCGGGGCCGGCAGCAACAGCUGGAGCAGCAGCAGCAGGAGCCGCGGCGUCGGGAGUGGCGGCAGCAGCUGCUGCCGGGGCGGCGCCCAGCUAAGGAUUGGUAAGCGAGAAAGGGGAGAGCGGCAAUGUUUACGGAGUGUUGAAAGUUGCAGCCAAACUGAGUUUUGGAGAGGGCCCGGAGAGUGGGAGGGCUUGCUGCGUGUGCCGGUGCCGGAAGACCAGUCGGUCUGGUGACGUGUCAGCGCGUGCGCUGGCGCCCGACGGAGUGCCCUUCGUGCCAGCGCCGUGUAAUAUA